AGCAUGUGUCGUGAUCGCCACAAUACUCUGUCUCAAAGCUGCACGAAUGAGCGUACAGAAGACAUUUACCAAGUCUGACUAGCAUGUUAAUCUUGGCGAAUCAGACAAGACAUCAGAUUCACUUAAUAUAUGCUGGAACAGGGUAGCAUUGUACAUUCCGUGCCGGGUGAGUCAGGCCGACUUUUAGCGUUCGUUUGGACGGAGUAAAUAGGCUGGUGUUAGUCAGUCCUAGCGUAUAUCUCUGUGGUGAGAACGUCUCCACGGCCACUAGGGAGGGUACAUGUAGUGAGGUGUCGCAUCUCGACCCACUGUCAGAGAUUAUCUGUGAUAUUAAGAAGGCAGUAUGGUGGAUUUUGGUGGUUUACAUCAUUGGGAGAUCUCAGCCAUAGCCAUCGGCCUUUUCUGUCUGGCCAUCCUUGCGGUCAUCUAUGGCGUGUGGUUGUAUCUUGACUACAAGAAACGUCUGUUCCUAGCGAGGGCCAAAUUCUUGUACCAGAAUGGCAAAGCAGGAAGCACUAUGAACAGAAGCCUUGUGCCCAAAGAAGGCCCAGAGGGAACAGAGAUGCGCACCAUGCCGCGAGUCCCACAACUUCCACCAGGGUUUGUUGGUAUUCCAGACGAAUUCGUCGUUGUUGAAGGACCAAAAGGAGAACAAAUAUUUGCCCGGGCUGAAGCCGUCAAUUACAGAGAGGAAAGGUUCAUUGCGAGAAUGCUGUACCCCGUCUCUAACGAUGAAAACUUGUUCACAGUCAGUAAUGAUGUCGAUCUUCUGCCUUUUGUGCGUAUUAUCACCAAGGCAGUGGACGCCGUGCGUAGAGGUGACAAGUUCCAGUUAGUGUUACCAGAAGUACCGGAAAUACCCGACUACAUGUCCGAAGCGAACUAUCCCAGCCGAGGAGACAACAUGUCAAUGACCAGCGACGCAUUGAUUGGAAGAGACUCUCCAGUAUAGAUGGCAGUACUUGCCACGCCAAAUCAGGUUACUAGCUUUGUCAAACAGAAAGUUUGAUAGAUCUACUGAAUUUUAAAACCGACGUUAAUUGUGGUGAUUUAAUCAUUUGUUUUGGGAGAAUAUCCCG